AAUCGGCUGUGGAGGGACUUCACCACCUCUUCUCCUUCAUGCAGCUGCUAAAAUCCAAAAUGCUGGUGAAGCACGGUGCAGAGUAUCGGCAGAUCCUCAAGGACAGUCAAACUGAGAGAGCCUUCUGGGUCACCAACAUCAGCAAUAUCACAUCGCUGUUUGGGAAGUACUUCAACCCAUCCGAGAGCAUGGACUUCCUCCUUGUUGCUAUCGACGGCGUGAGAGACUCCAGCGUCCAUGACGCAGUGACGGCCAGGAACAUGCUGCAUAUGAUCCUGGAGGUUCCCGGCCUAGGCUUGGUGAGGGUGUCAGAGGCUGUGAGGAGCAUUCAUAACCACCUGGACUCCAUCAGCGAGCCACUUGCCCGGCAGGAGCUGCUCAGGGCCCUUCUCCUGCUGGGCUCCCAGUUCAGCGAGGAGGUGGUCGGAACCCUGCUGGGCUGCUCACUGUCAUGUGACAGUGUUGCUGCGGAGAUGUGGAAGAUACUGACAUCCCAGCCCAAGAGCACAGAAAAGAUCCUUAGGGAGCUGGUCAGCAGGCUGCAGGGGCAGGCUCCGCGACGGCAUCAGCUCUCUCAGAGACCGGCCGGCGUCGCCUCCUUGGCCCUGCAGGCCACAAGAGCCCUAUAUGUGAUCCUGCAGGAGCAGGCCUGCAGGCAGGAAGUGAAGGAGCUCUUCCCUCAGCUCUACGUCGCGCUGCUCUUCCACGUCACCCACACAGUGCAGCACACUGCUUCGCAGGAGAGGGAGCAUAACCAGGAGGACACGGCCGCACCCCUCAGCCCCGUUAGGUUCGCGGUGAAGGCCAUGGAAGCUUUGCUUCUAUGCGCUGGCUACAAGGAGCAGGUCACCUUCAUGAUGAAGCAUGGCCGCUGGGACCUGCUCAUGAGCUCCGACACGCACCACAAAGGUGUCUGCCUGCUUGCCCGGGCCAUGGUUUCGCUCAAUUUCCAGGAGCGAAACUGGAUUUUCCACCAUCUCAUGGCCAUCCUCAACGAUCGGGACGAUAGGCGGUACGUCCCGGCCGUGGCGCUCUUCAUUCAGCUCCUCAAGUGCCCUGACCUUGGCAGCGAGCUGGAAGACGCCAUCGUGGAGGAGAUGAGCAGGCUGCUGAGAGACCCCAAGAUCGUGGUGCGCUGGUUGGCGCUCAAAGGCCUCCUCAAUCUGGCCCUUCGCCCAGAGAAGGUGGGGAAACUCCAGCAUCUGCUGCCAGAUGUCCUGGAGCGACUCCAGGAGGCAGACAGAGACCUCAUCCGCAAGGCCAUCGCCGUGCUGAAACACCUCCUCGCCGGCAUGGACAGGCAGAGCGCCAGCCACGCGGCUGUGCAAGUGGCUGCGCAACUCCUGCCGUUGUUUCAUGAUGUAAGGCCUGGCAGCUCACAGGCGAUCCCAUCAAACUGCGGACAUGUGACCAGCAAGCUCCAGGUGCUCUCCAUCACCCUUUUUAAAGACCUGCUGGAGCUUGUAAGGGGGCCCAACCGGAGGCAGAUGAAGGAGCAUGUGCUCCAGAGCCUGGUCCCACUGCUCCUCCUUGUGCAUGAUGAGCGUCCCAACGUGUCCCAGGUGUGUUGGGACACCCUCAGCAGUGCCGCCCAAUUCCUGAGGUGGCACCAGCUCAGUGGCCUCAUCCAGCACAAGGAAACCUGGCGAAGCUGUGACUGCCUGGUGAUCCACUACAAGGAGAGAGCUGAUGACUUCCUGGGCCAGACCAUGGCCUUCCUGCAGAACCCACAGACUCCAGUUAGGGAAGCAGCCAUCAGGUUCCUAGACCUCAAAGGCUUGCAGCAGGACAGCAAGUCCUCAGUCCGAUGCCUGGCUUCUCAGACCAUCUGCAUCCUGGAGGCCUUCAAGAACCAGCCUCCAGCCUGCUGCAGCCUAUGGACAUUGGUCCAUAGGAUAAGAACAAUGUGCACUGCGGAGAGCCAGCUCAUUGAAGCUGCCCAGCUGCCCUAGCUCUGGGAAAAGCCAGCCUCCCUUCUCUGGGGGCUUGGUGCAUCAGAGCCCACCUGGAGCAAGGUGGAACACAUGGCUUCUUCCCAAUUGGCCGCCUGCCCUGCCCAGCCAUGUGAGUAGUUAACUGCUCGAUAGCUUUCAUCAUCAUGUACUUGCACCGUGUUGCAUUUACGUCCUGCCCUCCGUCCCCAUUUCCAGUCGUGUACGUUUUUGAUGCCGUCGGCCAUUUUGAAAAUUUAUUUUGUAUUAUUUUUCAGUGUUUGGCUGGGGGAAGGUUGUGUGCUUGUGUUUUGACAUAUUUAGAGAAAAAGUACUAAUGAGUAGAAUGAGAGGCUGUAAAGGGUUUGCAGUCCCCCCCCCCCCCCAGGCCCCACCGUCCGUCCAUCUGGGUGGGAGACCACACCCCUUGCUAUGAUACUUCCGGGUACGUUGGU